CCUCAUCACCACUUUCGACAACCCACUUGUCCCCUUUUCUCAAGAUUGGAUCGGUUAGUAUCUUGCGUUCGACUUCCGCGAGCUCUUCUUGGGAACAGGCUGGUGCCGAAUGCAAAUUGGGAAGAGCGGACGCUGGGAGAUGGUCUGAGCGCUAAGCAGGGAACGGGGCUAGCGAGAGCGAGAUGGCUGCAUCGAGAGUAGUCGCACCUGGAUCGUCACUGGCAGGAGAUUCAAAGCUAUCCAUCAAUGGAGCGGAUCAUCUGCCAGUCGUCGAAACCUGCUCGGACCUAGGCGCCAGUCCAGCACUGUGUGGAGUCGGGCCACCUAGCCCCGGCCGCUGAUCGAGCAGGGUGUCGCUGGAUGACGACGGCAAGGGUGCGAGGAGUUGCAAAGCAAUCAGUCUUGAAGAGUCUUAGGGUGCUGACUAGGGAAUCGAAGUCAUUUAUUUCCGCGCACCUUUACUGACUCCAAAUGACUCUCGCCUUCUGACAGUCACAAUGGCUUCUCAGGCAACGCCCCGAGCUGGAUUUGGCAGGCGCAGCAAGCUGAACCCCUUGCUGAACAAGAAGCCCACCGACGUCAAGCCCAAGCCCAGGAACGCAAAGGCGGCAGCCACCGGCGAGGACAAGCCCACGACUGUCACUAAGCAGCUCAAGAAGGGAGGUUCUCGCACUGUUCCAUCCGACAAAGCCAGCCGCUACUAUCCCGCCGAGGAUGUGGCAGUGCCCAAAAAGAGCCGCAAGGCUCCCAAGCCUGCGGUUCUGCGCAGCAGCAUCACUCCUGGAACUGUCCUCAUCUUGCUCGCUGGACGCUUCCGCGGAAAGAGGGUCGUCUUCCUGCGACAAUUGCCCUCUGGUUUGCUCCUCGUCACUGGACCCUUCAAGGUCAACGGCGUUCCUCUGCGUCGCGUGAACCAGGCAUACGUCAUUGCGACCAGCACCAAGCUCGAGAUUGGCAACCUUUCUCUUGACGAGAGCGUCCUCGAUGAGAAGAAGUACUUCAAGAGCGAGAAGAGCUCCGGCGCCAAGCCCGAGGCGUCUUUCUUCACCGACCCCGCAAACAAGCAAAAGAUCUCGGAGAGCAAGGUCUCCAACCAAAAGUCAGUGGACAAGGCUAUUUUGGCGGCUAUCAAAUCUCAAGGACCUGCAUUGCGCAAGUACUUGUCCUCCACUUUUGGUCUCUCCAACGGAGACCGUCCCCACCUCAUGCGCUUCUAAGCGUAUGCCUUUGAGCUACACACAUGCUCUUUUGCAGAGUUGCACUCGACCGCAACGACGAGUCGCUCUAGCCUGUACGUCCAUGUCACUACGACCCACUCAUUGCACAAUCCAAGCCCAUUUCUUUCCCUGCUGUUCAACGUGCAUUCGGGAACCUCUGGCAGCGACAGCACUUGAACUUGAAUCACGUUGCGCAAGUCGUGUUCAAGCCGCUCAUCCCUCAGCUCGUAUGAGUGUUGAGCCAUUGGUCCCUCUUCUUUUGCCUGCACUUGGCCCUUUCCGCUCUGUACCAUCCCGAAACAUACACAAGCAACGCAUGAGAUUGGAGAGAUGAGGACGAA